AUGACACAUGAACAACAAAACAAAGGAACACCCAUAGAGCAGGAAAGGCGAGCGCUCGUAUCCCCCGAGACGACGCCAUUUUCGCAGGCUGGGACGUGUGGAGUUCGCAGGGAGUUCGCACGAGUUCGGAAACGCUCCUGUUUUGAGUCGCCCCAGAGCUGUAUUAAUAAGAUGGAUAUGGAAGAUCACAGUAUGCCUGUGAUGCCUGACUCAGACAUGCUGAGAGACAUGAUCAGAGAGGAAAUACUGGAUGGUGAAGACUCAGAUCAGGUUCCUGAGGGCAUCCAGCCAGAAUCUUAUGAGAACAAUGAAGAACAAGAAGAAGAAGAGAUGAAAGAAACUGAUGAAGAAAACAUGCGCAAACGCCCUCCAAGCGCAACUCCCAGUGAUGAUGAACCCGCAUCAAAGAAACGCACCAAUGAGGUUGAUAAAUUAUGGAAGAAUGUGAAUGACAACCCAAAUGACUUCCAGGCCUGGACGUUGUUACUACAGCAUAUUGAUCAGGUGGUGAGUUUUGUUUAUGUCCCAAAUCUCUGAAUGCUUGGCUCUUGA